UGCUCUACCUCCUCUCCCAGCUCAGUCAGCCAGAGCCGUGUGAGAGCCCAGCCUCCAUUAGCUACAGUCUGGCUGGCAUAGCCGCUGGUACACGUCCAGACACUCACAAAAAGCCAUGUUCAGUGUGUUAUGCUCCCGAUGGCUUGGUCCCUCAAUUAAAAACUAAUCGGCUGGGGAUUUCAUUUGGUUCUCCAUAUGAUUGGAUCCAUCUAGCUACCAGGCAGCUUCAUGGAUGAAAUACCACGUUUUUAUUUUCAGUUUAGACUUUUAUUCCACGAGUCUGAUCAGCCUGGCUCUCGUUCUGGUGGUGUUAGCAGAGCUGUUUUGGAUGCGUAUGGUAUGUUGUCAGACAGGGCUCUGAAGUCAGGUAUGUCAUUGUGGGGCUUCACCAUAAAAUGGAGGAAGGCAGAUGAGUCUCAAAGGAGAGCCUGGAGUAAGGCAGGAGCUCUUACGGAAGAACAAUGGUUGACUUUCUUCUCCUCUACAGCAGCCAGGACUGUUAUAGUUUCCCUGAUUUUCCAGGGAGUCCUCAGCGAUGGAGGUGCUACAGUGCGAUGGCUGUGACUUCCGUGCUGAGUCGUACGAUGACCUCAAGACCCACAUCCAGGAUGUACACACAGCCUUCCUGCAGCCUACAGAUGUCGGAGAUGGAGAGGAGGACGGGAGUCCCUGCCAGUCUAGGUCAGAAUCUCUGAACUCUCCCAGCCAGACAGAGGAGGAAGAGGAUGAGCAGAAUAACUCUCCACUAAUGGAAACAGGCCACUCCUUUGAAACCGAGUUGUCCAGUUCAAACCAAAUGUCUAAAAACAAGUCAGUAAACCAGCUGAACAAAACCACCAACCAGUUAUUUCAGUGCAAGAUAUGUGUCCGUUACUUCAGAUCAAAGUCUCUGUUGUCUGAACACACCAAGAAGGUACAUGGAACCUCUCUAAGCGGUAGGAACUCACCAGCCUCCCAGACCUCUAAACAGUCCGACUAUAACAUCCUUAUCCAUGACAGUCUUGGGAAAGUGUACUCCUGCCAGUAUUGUACAUACAAGUCUCCACGAAAAGCCAGGAUCCUGAAACAUCAAAAGAUGUAUCAUAAAGGAAAUCUUAAUCUGGACACCCCGGAAUCUCCAUCCGAGGCUGUUGAUGACUGUGAGGUGUUGUCAUCUGAGGAUCCCGGUGAGGAACUAGCAGAAGAUGUAGUCGAACGUACUGUACUAGAAUCCAUGGUAAAACCUCUAGGGAAGUCCAGAGGAAACCAAGCGCUUCGAAGAGAGUGGUGUGACAAUAUGAUGAAAAAGCGCCGGAACAUAGUCAAACCCAUCUCAACAAUCCAGCCGGGUGGGGAAGGAGAAGGAAGUCGAGGCUCUUCUAAAUCAAACUCCCCCUCAUCCCCCAGAAGCCCUUCUAACUCCAAAAUGGUUUUCAAUGACCUGAGUGGCAAUGAUGGCUCCUCUGUUGUAAACUCCCCGGUUUUCAAGCUCAACAAGCCCACCUCUGGGAUAUCACCCUAUCAGUAUUCACAAAUUCAAACGGUAGCACCCAACAGCACAGGUUCCUCCAUUUUGUCAGACAGGUCCACAUUUGUCAUGUCAGAUGUUUCUAACUCAGCUAUAGAGAUGGACUCAGGCAUGCUGGAUGACUCCAGGAGCACCUCUGAAGAAGACGAGGAGGAUCUGGGUGAUGAGGAUGAUCCCAAUGACCCUGACCUCUUGUCAGCUGGGGAUUCUGCUAAGCAACUUCUGUCUGAAGAGGAUAACAAGAUGCUGGAGACUAAAGGGAUACCAUUCAGAAGAUAUAUGAACAGGUUUCAGUGUCCCUUCUGUUCUUUCCUCACCAUGCAUCGAAGAAGCAUUUCCCGUCAUAUCGAGAACAUACACCUGUCUGGAAAGACAACAGUGUAUAAGUGUGAUGAGUGCCCCUUUAUCUGCACCAGCCCUCUCAAGUUAGGCACUCAUAAGCAAAGUCACUCCUCAGACUGGGACACCAUGGACCUAACCAGUGAAAGCCCAGGUCCUCAAAAUAAUGAGACACCUGAACCCAUGAACACAGGAAAUGUUGCUGCUUCUAAAGUCAAUGGGAAAAAGCUAGGUAAUGUGGUCAGUGAUCUAAACCAGCAAAAUCCCCACCGCUGUACACGCUGUAGCUUUUCAACCACCACACUUAAAGGGUUGCGAGUUCACCAGCAACACAAGCACUCCUACUGUGAUGAUAUGCAAGCUGCCAGCUUGGAGGGCUCUUCAAUCGAGCUACAGGAUUCAGAAUUAGAAACAUUCUCCAGUUCUCCGAGCCUUGUACAAAAAACCCAGACUUCAAUUCUAGGACUUGGAUCCAAAAAGCACUUAACUGGGAAAACUGCCCGAAAAUCCAUCAAUGACCUACCUUUGGAUCUGUCACCGGUGAAGAAGAGAACUAGAAUUGAUGAAAUUGCCAAUAACCUUCAGAGCAAGAUCUGUCAGCAACAAGAGGAUCUGGUGAUUAAUCUGGAAGAAAUUGAUGAUGAAGAAGAAGGAGAACUAAACAUUGAUGAAGAUGCAGGCAGAGACAAGGAGGAAAAUGAUAGCCAACGUAAAAAUCAUGGCUACGUUUACAACAAGCUUUACGAAGGCCGGGUGGGGAAAAGAAAAAGAACUCUUACAUCAAAGCUAAGAAACAUUCCUAUUGCGCUGACACUCUCUGAUGAUGAGGACAACGAGUCUGCUGAUCAUAAAGCUGAUCUCCAAGACCAGAGCAGCCAAGACAGCCGGGACACUUCUUUCCAGGAAAACCUUGACUAUACAGAGGACUCUGGGGUGGCACGCUUCUACUGCAAGCAUUGUGACUACCACAACAAGUCAGCUCGUAGUGUGAGCACCCACUACCAGCGAAUGCACCCCUACAUUAAGUUUAGCUUUAGAUACAUCCUCGAUCCUGAGGAUCAGAGUGCAGUCUUCCGUUGCCUAGAGUGUUUUAUCGAAUACACCAAUUUCAAUGACCUUCAUGAGCAUUACAUGGAUCACCACCCAGAAGCCAGUAAUGUGUUGAACUUCAACCAGCCGGAUUUGGUGUACAUGUGCCGCUUUUGUUCGUACACAAGUCCAAACGUCAGAAGUUUAAUGCCCCAUUACCAAAGAAUGCACCCUGAAGUGAAAAUAAACAAUGCUAUGAUCUUCUCAAGUUACAUGGUGGAACAGCAGCACAAGGGAGCAGAAUCUCAAACACUGAGAGAAAUUUUAAACUCUGGUCCUAAGAGUUUCACCUGUAGUUCCUCAACAUCCACGCCUAAGUCCUCAUCCAGUCCUGCUCUUAAAAGUGUUGCAAAGACACAACAGUCAAGCACAGAGAUGGAGGCUCUGAAAGAAGGUGGUAAUGUUGUGGUCUAUGACUGUGACAUAUGUUCCUUUGCUAGCCCUAACAUGCAUUCUGUGUUGGUUCACUAUCAGAAAAAGCACCCUGAGCAAAAGGCCUCAUAUUUCCGAAUUCAGAAAACAAUGAGGGUUAUCACAGUCGAUACGUCACAGUCAGCAGGCAACUCGUCUUUCAACGUCAAUAUACCAAGCCCUGCUAAUUCAUCAAGCAACACCAUGCCAUUUGGUACAGAUGAGGAGAUAUACUACUGUAAACAUUGUGUGUACAGCAACCGUUCUGUAGUGGGAGUACUUGUCCAUUAUCAAAAGAGACACCCAGAAAUAAAAGUGACAGCCAAAUACAUCAAGCAUGGCGCUCCCACCCCUGGGUUGAUGAAGCUGAUGGAUGAGCUUCAGAUUGCACCCCCAAAUCAGUUUCUCAAACAGUUCAGCAAUAACGGAUUUGAUGGGUCUGGCAACUCUCAUGCUAGAGUUGGAACAGAGAAGGGAGAAGCUGAGAUGCUUUUCUUCUGUCAGCACUGUGAUUACGGAAAUCGCACAGUUAAAGGAGUGCUUAUUCACUAUCAGAAGAAGCACAGAGAUGCAAAGUCUAAUGCUGACCUUGUACGCCGACACACUGCAGUGGUCCGCAGUCAACGAGAGCGGUUGCAGAUGGGCCAGUCAGGCACUGCUGCCUCUACCGUAGCCCCUGCUGCUCCUACUGAGACUGAGACAUCCUCUGGAGCUCUUCGUUCACUGAAGUGCAGGCACUGUUCUUAUACAUCUCCAUAUGUGUACGCAUUAAAGAAGCACUUGAAAAAGGAUCAUCCUACUGUGAAGGCCACAGCCAUGACCAUUUUACACUGGGCCUACCAAGACGGCAUUCUGGAGGCUGGUUAUCACUGUGAAUGGUGCAUCUACUCCCAUUCAGAACCCAACGGGCUUUUAAUGCAUUACCAAAGACGCCACCCAGAGCACAAUGUUGACUACACCUACAUGGCCAGCAAGCUAUGGGCGGGACCGGAUACGACUGCCUCCCAGUCAGGGGGGAACACUGGGGAAACUAAGCACUACCAAUGCAGAGAUUGUGCCUUUGAGGCAUGCUCCAUCUGGGAUAUUACCAACCACUACCAAGCUGUUCACCCUUGGGCAGUCAAAGGGGAUGAGUCUGUGCUGCUGGACAUCAUCAAAGGUCAGAGGUCCCAAGAAAAACUCCACCCCUCAAUUGCUAAAGGGCCACCAUUCAAUUUUCUUCCAACCUCUCAAGUUGAAGGACCACUGGAUAUUCCAACACCAGCUCAAGAGCACCAACACCACCAACACCAUCCUAGGCUCUCCCACACAAGCAGCUCGAUAACCAACAACCCCUACCAGUGCACUGUUUGUCUAUCUGAGUAUAACAGCCUUCACGGUCUUCUGACACACUAUGGCAAGAAACACCCAGGCAUGAAAGUCAAGGCAGCUGACUUUGCACAGGAAGCUGAUAUCAAUCCAAGUUCUGUUUACAAGUGCCGCCAUUGUCCGUAUGUGAACUCACGCAUCCAUGGAGUUCUUACUCAUUACCAGAAGAGGCAUCCGUUGGUGAAAGUCACCGCAGAGGACUUUGCAGAUGACAUAGAGCAGGUUAAAGAUAUAACUGAAUUAGAUGACAAGUGCAAGACCCAAAGACAGGGUUAUGGUGCAUACCGAUGCAAAAUGUGUCCAUACACUCAUGGAACAUUGGAGAAACUGAAAAUUCACUAUGAGAAAUAUCACAAUCAACCAGCUUCAGAUAUGUUCAAGCCUUCCCUCAUGCAGUAUUCCAACCACAAAGAUGAGGCAGUCGCUGAAUGCAGCUCCACAAGUGUACCUUCAGAGGUGCAAGAGGUUAGUGAAUUCGAACUUGCUCUCACCCAGUUCCCUAUCAACAAAGGAGAGACCCAUGCUGUGUUCAGGUGUCAGCUCUGUAAGUACUUCUGUUCAACCAGAAAAGGCAUUGCUCGACACUACCGCAUCAAGCACAACAACGUUAGAGCUCAGCCCGAAGGCAAGAACAAUGUCUUCAAGUGUGCUCUCUGUUCUUACACCAAUCCCAUUCGGAAGGGCCUGGCAGCACACUACCAGAAGCGCCAUGAUAUUGACGCCUAUUACACACAUUGCCUGGCAGCCUCCAAAACUUUGACGGAGAAACCCAAUAAAGUGGUGGUGCCCAUAGCAUCUGAGACUGAAGGGUCAGAGCUGAGCGAGGAGCUACGAUUAGCCGUGGAGAGGAAGAAGUGUUCACUCUGUGCGUUCCAGGCUUUCAGUAGGAAGAGCAUAGUCUCCCACUACAUCAAACGCCAUCCAGGAGUCUUCCCUAAACGGCAACACUCCAGCAAGCUUGGGCGCUACUUCACUGUGCUGUACGCCAAAGAACCCAAAGCUGUUGAAGAGGUAAGGGAAGUGGUAGAGAUUGAACCAAACCCCGAACCAGAAGGAGAGGUUGCCGACUGGCUACCAUUCAAGUGUCUAAAAUGCUUCCAGUUGUCCUUCAGCACAGUCGAACUUCUCUCCAUGCACUAUAAUGACCACCAUUGUGGCAAGGAUCUCAAACGAGACUUUGUCAUCCACCCCAGCCUCACAGAAGAUGGUACAGAGACAGAGCUCUAUCAGUGUUCCCACUGUGAGUUGAAGUUCCUGGGCCUCCCUCUUCUCAGCUCACAUCUGAUGAAUCACAACGAGGAGUUCCAGAAGCGGGCAAUGCGUCAGGAAAGAAGAAAGCAACUGCUAAGCAAGCAGAAAGCAUCUGAGCCAACUGAGACAAAGCCUGAGAGGCUGUUGAACAAUGCUGACCAAGCACCGAUCGGUUACAGGUGUAACUUCUGUGUGGAGGUCCACCCCACUCUCAGAGCCAUCUGUAACCACCUGAGGAAACACGUUCAGUAUGGGGAGGCCAAAGAGGGCCAUGUCAAGCAGGAAGUGACAGAUGUGCCGUUAUCCACCAUCCCUACGGAGCGCAGUCUCACUAAUGGGGAGGCCGUAGAGGUGACCGACGACCCUGCUGACGAGUCGGUCCCCAAAGACAUGACGAUGAUGGUUGCAGGGGCCUCUGUUGCCAUGGAGACUGCGGAGAUGGCAGUUGGGAUGUCGUCGGCAGUCGGGGCAGAGAUGGCAUCCGCUGGUGAGGGGAAGGAGAGGCUGGUGGGGGGACACCCGUGCACCCAGUGUGACCGCGUCUUCAUGUCCAUGCAGGGGCUAAGGUCCCAUGAGAGGAGUCACUCGGCCAUGGCCAUGUUCACCAGAGAGGACAAGUACAGCUGCCAGUACUGCCAGUUUGUCUCCCCCUUCAGACACAAUUUGGACAGACACGUGCAAUCACACCAUGGACACCACAAGCCUUUUAGAUGCAAGCUCUGUCCAUUUAAGUCUGCCUACCUGAGCCGCUUGAAGAGUCAUCUGCAUAAAGCACACGCAGGCGAGAACACAUAUAAGUGUUUGUCCUGCCCCUUCUCCUCAAUGACUAUAAGCCAGCUGAAGGAGCACUCACUGAGGGACCAUGGGGAGCCACUGACUCUCCCAAGACUGCGUGCUGGCGCUACCACCCAUACCCAGGGCCAGCAGGGCGCAAUUGGUCCCCAGGCCAGGACUCUCAGAUUAGGCUCAGAUCCUCACCAGACAUCCCUAACUCCUAACCUUGACGACGGCGGGUACUUGCAUGAGCCAGCGGACGUGAGGCAGCAGCUAAGCCACUACCAACUGGCGUCUCGCAGUCACGUGGCGUCGUCCGGGCCCGCCACACCGCCCCAGGGCGCGGCUUCAGACUCCCGUCCGGACGGCAUCCUAACCUGUGAGUUCUGCGAGUUCAGUUCGGGGUACAUGCAAAGCCUGAGACGCCACUACAGGGAUCGACACGGGGGCAAGAAGCUGUUCAAGUGCAAAGACUGCUCCUUCUUCACCUGCUCCAAGUCGACAUUCACCAUGCAUGUGGAGGCGGGACACACUCUGGUUCCGGAUGAGAGUCCCAAAGAUCUGCGCUGUCCCCUCUGUCUCUACCACACCAAAUACAAGAGCAGCAUGAUCGACCACAUUGUCCUGCACAGGGAGGAGCGAGUGGUCCCUCUGGAGGUCUCUCGCUCCAAGCUGUCUCGCCACCUGGCUGGUGUGGUGUUCCGCUGCCACAAGUGCACCUUCACCUGCUCCAACGACCAGAGCCUGCAGCUACACAUCGCCAAGCACAACGAGAUCAAACCCUACCAGUGCCAGCUGUGCUACUACGACAGUAGGCAGCGCCACCAGCUGGAGGCCCACCUCCGAGACGAGCACAAGGUGAUCCGUAACUUUGAGUCGAUGGGGCGUGUCAAUCUGGACCAACUGGAAGCUAUGAAGGAGAGAGACAGUAGUGCCGAGGAAGAGGAGGAAGAUGGAUUAGGAGCCAUGGAGGAAGAGAUGAUGGAGGAUGAAGUAGAGAUAGAGGAGUGUAGAGAGGAAGAGCUUGAGGAGUUUGAAGAAGAGGAAGAAGAUGCGAUUCAAGAGGAAGAGACAGAAAGGCCUGCUCCAAAAGUGUCCCCGAGCAGCAGUGGGACUGGGUCUGCCGAGAAGCGCUUCCCCUGCGAGUUCUGCGGUCGCUGCUUCACCAACAGCUUAGAGUGGGAGCGACACGUCCUCCGACAUGGCAUGACUGUUACCAACAGCAGAACAGACACUACCACCACCCCAGCAAUAGAUGCCUCAGCUCAGCCUCCCACUGGCUCAUCUACGGUUGUGACAAUGACAGACAGAGGAGCGGACCUAUCUAGCAACGGCAUGGAGGUGGAGAGAGGAUGUGCCUCUGACCUAUCUCAGAGCAGUAAAAAUCGUAAUGAGGAAGAUGACAAAGAAAUGCUUGAGACCAAAAAUGACCUAUAGGAAGCUGGAAGAUAAAUAUACUGUGGCCUAACAUUGUAGUGACUGUGCUAGAUAUCAUACAUUAGCUUGGGUUGAUAUUAGGUUGGGUAUCGAAAAUAGGCUGCUAAAGAAAAAAAAAGAAAAAGAUGGAAAUUAAAAAAGUCAAAAUAAUUCUCACCUUUCAGAGCAUUGUUAGAUUUUAAGUGUUACAUGUUGGAAACUAUAGGUUGUGUUACAUCCUACAUUUUUUUAAUGGCUGAACCUUAAAAUGAGUCACUGGUCCCGUAGGACAGAUGUUAUAUAUUGGUAACCAAUAGUGAAUGGUACUGUAAAGCACACAUUCAGGUCAAAUCUGCAGUUUGUACAGUCGAUGUCCGAGUUCAUGUCUACUAAUUUUGUAAAAAGAAACAGUUCAUAUUUCCCACACAACAUGUCUGAAAUAGAGAGAAGGAAUGUCAGAAUUUGAUGGAAAAAAUGUUGGGAUAUUAUGUUAAAAUGUGGGGUAUUUUGUGUUUAGAUAAAGGCAUAUGUGUCUGAAAGCCCCUUUGACCUGAGUUAUAGUGCAGGGCUUCUUUGACAAUAGAGAACCUACUGUACGAGGUAACGCAUUCAGCUCCCUUACACCCCUGUAACCUCACUGCUACCAACCAAAUCCUAAUGUCCUUUUAAUCCCAUUGUAUUGUAAUGUUGUGAGACAGUGUGUGAGACAUGGCUCACCAUGGCCUUGCCCCGCAUUCAUACCAGUCUCAGAGUAGGAGAGCUGAUCAGUUUAGCCUUUAUAUUGUCAUAUUUGCUUGUAUAGACAAGGGGGACCUGAUCCUAGUCUUCUCAAUGAAACCAUCCACCCAAUCCAUACUUGCUAUAAAAUACAUAGUAGAAUAAUUUCUGUGAUUUGACCCGAAUGAUUACUUUGCAGUAGUUUUUUGUGCAUUUUUAGCCUUGCGGUAAUCAAGUAGAAGAAUUCCUUGAGGAAUAGUUGCACCUUAUUUAUCUAUAGUAUAUAUCAAACUAUGAUUUUUUUUACAUUUCUAGAAGAUUGACUUGACUUUUGCCCCAAAGUUUAUAUUUGGCAAAUUGCUAUAUUCUGUAGUUCCUCUGAAUAUGAUACAUAUGCCUUCAGCCUUAGGCAUUCCCAGCACUUCCACUCUUCACUACUGCUUUAAUUGUCUGUUGUCCAUCUUCUGACACUGAAUGAGAAAUUUGAAAGUAAACUGAAGCAACAGUGUUCCCACAACAUGAUAACCAGCAGCUUGAAUCAAUAAUAUUUAUUAUUGUGGCAUUGAUCGGUUAGGUCCCCUUGCUAUUUUUGUCUAUUUAUAGCCAGUUUAAUGAUGUUUUAAACAACUUACACUGUAGUCUGGUGAUAAAGUACAUACCAUCAGUAUCAGUUGAAGAGGGAUUGUUGUACAUCCUAAAGCAGUCGUUUCUCUUUCUGACAUUAACGUGUGGAAAAUAGCAUGAUUUUAGCAGCUCAUUCACCCCAUCAACAGAAUUUUUGACAGCAUUUGUAAAACAACUUGUACGUAUGCUAGGGAAAAGGAUUGUAAAUGUGACUGACCAGCAAUGUGAAAGUAGAACACUCGGGUGUUUAAAACAAACAUUCUCCAGUGUAAAUGCUGUAUUCUAUGACUCUAUCAUUGUGUAUGGAGAUGAUUCCGAAGAGCCUGUUCUUCUGUAUUCUUUUUAGAUUACGCUGUUUCAACAAAUAAGGCAGAGAUUGUAUAUGUUGGAAGUUGCUGCUCAAAUACCCCAAAGCCUUAUUACAGUUAUGAAUAGUAAAUAUUUCACGCUUCAUCGACAGAAAUGCUUUCUUUCCAACACUGGCUGGUUAGAAAAGUACAAACAAACCAAUACAAAUUAAUUGACAGUAUAUCUGUAAUAUAAUUCUGUUAAGGCAUCUAAACAACAGAGAUGGACAAAAAUGGAUGUGCUGUUGGCACCAAAAUAUUUGACUUACCUGAGUAUUGAACUAUUAUUGCAAGUGUGGGUUGGAACCCAGAGACAUAAAUACAUGGCUCUGGUAGCCCCGUAUGGGGGGCAUUCUGACAGCUAUGAAGCAUGCAACAUGCAGCCGUGUACAGAAAAACAAACUUCUCGUCAAGUGUUUGAAGCUGUGGUGUUUCAGAAAGGAUACUUUAACCUUUUUCCUUUAGGUGUUGGUCUCAUAUUAAACAACAAAAAAAUGAUCAAAUCAAAAUAGUAAAAAAAAAACUUGGAGUGAGCCGUUUCUUCCGACUCCCAAACCGAAUUGUAAUAAUAAGCUGUUGUACAACGUCUGGUUGAUAGGAAUUCUCUCUUCAUUUUGUACCUUGAAAACAAACACGUGGGGUUGAUUUGGUGCUGAAUCUUAUACCCCGUCUCCUUUUUUCCUUUAAAAGCACUAGCCUAGCCUUUUAAACAUGAACCCGUUAGAGAAAUGUUUGUUUAAGAAAAACGCUUUUUUAAGUGGCAGCUGUUAGCAGGCUCACCUUGACUGUAUAACCAGGGGUUGAAUAGGGAUUUUGUAACAGUGGUCCUGUCUCUGUCCCCCCAAUAGUAAAAGUUUAACGGAAGUCUAUUAAAGCGACACUGUAUACAGUGUCUCACUGUACCCCAUGCCCCUCCCAUCUUUCAACUUAACCCCGGCUUGUCAUAAUAACACACUGGAUACUUGUAUGUAUAUAUUGAGUUUGUUUCCAUUUUGUUGCUCUCCUCGUCUUUUCUCUUCAGACUGUUCUUGAUAGUUUGACCACUUUAGAUUAUCCAUCUUGCCUUUCUCCUGUGAAAAUCUGAUUCCUGAUGGUGGGUUGUGAUGUCGCCUAGACUGAUUGUUUACAAUUUAUUCCAUUUUAUCUCUGGAUAUUCUGUAAAUAUUGUAAUUCAUUGUCUUUUUUUAACUUGUUAAUAAAGUUAUCAGAUAACGGUG